AUGGACCAACUUGUACCCAAAUUCAAGAAAGCAGGGAUGUUUUCUAAACUGGAUAUUAAAGACGCCUUCCACCAGAUAGAGUUAAAAGAAGAGUCUAGGAAUAUUACAACCUUCAUCACUAGUCGAGGUCUUUACCGGUAUAAACGACUCAUGUUCGGUAUAUCCUGUGCGCCGGAACACUUCCAGAAGACUCUGGAAAGAAUACUGUUGCCUUGUGAUGGCGUCGUUAACUUCAUAGACGAUAUUAUAGUCUAUGGAGUAAAUGAUGUUGAACACAAUACUAGGCUCAAAAAAGUUCUUGAUGUCCUUACUCAAAACGAUAUUCUCUUGAAUAGAAACAAGUGUGUUUUUAAUGUCAAGACCAUACAAUUCUUAGGGCAUGAACUCUCUGCAAGCGGUAUAAAACCCCUUGAUAAGUAUGUUAAAGUUGUCGAGGAUUUCAGGGAACCAACUACUAUUGAAGAAGUUCAGAGCUUUUUGGGACUCAUCAACUACGUGAACAAAUGGAUUCCUGACAUGUCUACCAAAUCAGAACCGAUAAGAAGAUUGCUAACGUUAAAAUUAGAUAACGGCAAACAAUUCGUUAGCACCGAAUUUAAAUCCUUCUGUGACGAGAUGGGAAUCAAAAUCUACAAUACUACACCCUAUUCACCCCAACAAAACGGAGAGGUUGAAAGGCAGAAUAGGGAUAUCUUGAAAAGAAUUAAGAUAAGCCAAUCUGAGAAAUCGGACUGGUACAAAGACCUGUUGCUGUAUCUCACUAUGUACAGCACACCACAUUCAACCACAGGAAAAACACCAUCGGAGCUCUUCUUUGGAAGACUGUUCAGGGAUAAGAUACCAUGUAUAGCUGGAAUUGAAAAUCAGUUUGAUUUAGAAGUGAGAGACCAUGAUAAGAUAAUGAAAGAAAAGGGAAAGAUAAUUGCGGACAGGAAAAGGAAAGCAGAAGUUACAGAUAUAGGAAUAGGAGAAAAAUUAUACGUGAAGAACAUGGUAAAAGAAAACAAAUUAACUACCGAAUUCAACCCCGUGCCACAUACGGUUCUGAGCUCAAAGAGGAACGAAUGUAACGUAAGGAAUGACGAGACAGGACGGGAAUUCAGAAGGAACGUUAUACAUCUUAAGCGAGUGGAAGGAAACUGGAAGGUUUGUGAAAGUAAAGAUGAUACAUUGAGUACAGAUAACGAAGAGUUGAUGAUCCCAGAAUAA